AUGAAUCACACCGGCACCCAUAUUCUCAACUUUGCACUGCGGGAAGUCCUAGGCAAGGAUGUGAAGCAGAAGGGAUCGCUCGUCGCGCCGGAGAAACUGCGCUUCGACUUUUCUUUCAAGGCCAGCCUGACUGAGAAGGACAUCGAGCGCGUUCAACAAAUCUCCUACAAGUACAUCCAAGACGACCAGCAGGUGUUUGUAUCAGACGUUGCGUUGGAGAAGGCCCGUCAGAUCGAGGGUGUCCAGGCUGUUUCUGGCGAGACGUAUCCCGAUCCGACCCGGGUCGUUUCAAUCGGGGUCUCCGUCGACACGCUGGUCGACAACGUCUCCAACAAGGACUGGUGGAACUACAGUAUCGAGUUCUGUGGCGGUACGCACGUCCAGGCCGAACUCGCCACCACGGCGGUCUCCAUUCUCGACCGGAGAGCGCUCUCACGGCGCCUCGAAGAGAUCACCAAGGAGAUGCUGAAAGAACAGAAGGCCAGUCUGAAAGUCCAAGUCGACGCGGCCCUCACCCUUGUUGAAACCGCCAUCAAACAGGACCCCGCGAGCAGUUCGUUUGUUGUCCAGCUCCCGGGCACCGACUGCUCCGCCAAGGUCAUCUCGGAGGCCAUUAAGCAGGUUUCUUCUCGCCACCACGACAAGUCCACGUAUUUCAUCGGGCUGGAUGGGCCCGCCGGCAGGGUUGCCCACGGGUGCUUUGUGUCCCAGGGACACGUCGAAUGGCCUGGUGGCCAUCGAGUGGGCAGCGCAUGUUGCGAAGACUGUGGGAGGGAAAGCCGGUGGAAAGGGGGCCACCAGUAUGGGGAGCGGAAUGGAGACGACCAGAGUAGAGGAUGGGAUAGAGGCUGCAAGGUCGUACCUCGGACGUCUGAGAAUUUGAUCUCUGGGAACGACUUGCCCCUAGAUUGA